GCGUCACAWGCUAACUAACGCUAGCCAAGAUAGCGAAAAUAUUGGCGUAUUGUAGCCACUUUUUGUUAAAAACAAAAAGGAAUAUAUAAUUUAGUGGCGGUAACUUAGUGGAAAUGAGUGAUUAGCCUCUGAAAGAUACAGUAAAUAUUAAUUUAUUAUCCAGUUUGUCAGGUAGGAAAAAGGGUGAAAACUCGGGCUGUAGGUCUUGCUGGCAGUUGUGUGUUUUUUAUAGAAUGACACUGAAGCAGGGACACAAUCUAAGUUGGAGAUGGAGAAAGACAACAACUGUUCAGCAGCACAUGAAGCACCACUGCCAUCCAAAGGGUACGUUGCUGAGGGAACAGAGAACAUUUACCGCACCCACACCUGCCCCAAAUGUCGCCGCUGCUUCAAGAUGCACUCUCACCUGCAGGAGCACCUUCGCUUACAUUUCCCCGACCCGACCCUCCAGUGUCCCACCUGCGACCGUUUCUUCACCAGCAGGAGCAAGCUGCGCCUCCACCAGCUCCGGGAGGCGGGUGAGAAGACCCACCGCUGUCACUUGUGUGAGUAUUCUGCCGUGGAGAAGAGCGCAGUCCGCCGCCACAUCGCCAGCGUGCAUCCAGACGAGGCGGAGGAGGGCGGGGACAGUCGGAGCUUCGUUUGUCCCACCUGCAGUCAGAGCUUUCUCCAGAGCAGAGCGCUGAAGGCUCACAUGAAAACACACAACGUCCCGUUGGACGACACGCCGCUGGCGUGUUUCCAGCAGGGUUGUUCGUUCCGGAGCUCCGAGCGGAAAGCCUUUCUGAAACACGUCCGCAAGGAGCACGGGAUGAAAGCGGUAGCGUGUCGCCACCACGCCUGCGGAGCCGUGUUUCGGUGCGAGGCGGAGAUGCGGGCUCAUCAUCGGACGCACCUGGCCUACCACUGCCCGGACUGCGACUUCCACUGCUCCAACAAAUCGGCGUUCCAGCAGCACCGGCGCCUCGGCCACCCGGGGGARGCACGGCUUCGCUGCGACUUCUGCCCCUUCGUCACGUUCAACCCCGUGGAGUUCGAGCGGCACGUCGAGCUCUUACACGCCAACGAGAAGAUCCACCGCUGCGCCCAGUGRAGCUACGUCACCUCACAUAAACGUGGUUUGAAGCGACACGUGCUGAUGCACACUG